AUGGCCAACCCGUACAUCCUCGCAUCAGACAACUCGCCGGCCCUCCUGCCCUUGCUGCGCGCCGAUCCCGCCCUCGCCGCCCGCCAGGACGAACACGGCUACUCCCUCCUGCACGCCGCCGCAUCCUACAACCAUCUCGACCUCCUGCGCACCCUGAUCAACGAAUUCAAAGUCGACGUCAACCUGACCGACGAAGACGGCGAGACAUGCCUGUUCGUCGCGGAGUCGGUCGAGGUAGCCCGCUAUCUGGUCGAGGAGGCGGGCAUUGACAAGUCCAAGACGAACGACGAGGGCCUCACGGCCGCCCAGGCAAUUACCAACGACGGCUCGUUCCCGCUUGUCGCAGCGUACUUGAACGAUAUACUGGGUGAAGCGAAGGGGGAGCUGCCGCCGAACGUGAAGGUGUCGUUUGGCACGACGGAAGUAAAUGAGGGUAAUGGAGAAGGGGAGGGGGAUGGGGUGGUGGUUGAUGCGGCGCUGCGGGCGCGCAUAGAGGAGCUUGCGGCCCGCGGCAACUUUCAUAGCGAGGAGGGACAGCGCGAGCUGCGUGGGCUGGUUACGGAUGCGCUGCGCGGGUCUGGCCCGGAGUCAGCUGGUGAGAGAGACACGAAGCGGCGUGGGUGA